GCCGCUUCCGGCAGCGCACUCUGCCCAACUUUCGCCAGCGCGUUGGGGGCAGUGUCCUGGAGCAGUUCCGAGGCCGAGGAGGAGCUGCAUGGGAUAAGCGGUUCGGCGGCUCCUCCGAGGUUAGGGAAGGGCUGGGAGCAGGGGUUGACUCAAGUAACUGCAUCCAGGGUAUGGGGAAAAUGAAGAGUUCAUGGAGAACUUGCCCCAAGAGAGAGGCCAGCAGGCUGUGCAGUGUGGAACAGAGAGGAGGAAAUGCCACAAUGUGAGUAGGAGAAAGGACCAAAAAGUCGCUCUUCUACCUCAGCAAGGCUAGAGAUGUUAAUCUGGGUUCCUCCAUGAAGACCUGGUCUCUCAGAGCCCCUUUCUCCUCUCCUCGCCUUGUCAUCUCUGCAUUCUGCCCUUCCCAGUGAGGAGCAGGAUCAACCAAGUAAGUCCCAGGGUCUUCCUUGCCUAAUCCAGAACUGUGGCCAUGGCGGAGACUAGAGAAGAGGAGAUGGUGUCAGGGAAUGCCUCUGGGUUCUCAGAUCUGAGUGACUCAGAGUUCCUGGAGCUAGAAGAUGCCCAAGAGUCAAGUGGUUCAGUUAGCAAGCCUGGUCCUUCUUCUGAAUUCCCAGGGGAAGAUGGCAAGCCCAUAAGCUUACAAAAGUGGAAAAGAAGAUUGGAUAUCUCCUCACCCAUGGAGCAAUUCCACUUUAAAUAUUUGUAUGUCACUGACCUGACGACUCAGAACUGGUGUGAACAGCAAAUGGUAUACGGAAAGGAGUUUCCUGGCUUCUUGACACCUGAGAAGGCAGCUAUUUUAGAAACUGGUGCUAGCAUUCACCUAGCUAGAGAACUGGAAGUUCAUGAUAUUGUGACUAUCCCCAUUAUCUCUAAAGAAGAUGCCUGGGCAACUAAGUUUCUGAACAUACUAUCAAUGAUUCCUACCUUGCAGUCAGAGGGGUGCAUCAGAGAGUUUCCAGUGUUUGGGGAAGUGGAGGGUGUGCUUCUUGUUGGGGUGAUUGAUGAGCUGCACUAUACAGCCAAGGGGGAACUGGAACUGGCUGAACUGAAGACACGCAAGCGUCCUUUGCUCCCUCUGGAAGCUCAGAAAAAGAAAGACUGUUUUCAAGUAAGCCUAUACAAAUAUAUCUUUGAUGCCAUGGUACAAGGAAAAGUGACCCCUGCUAGCUUAAUCCACCACGUAAAAUUGCAUCCAGAAAAGCCACUGGGGCCCUCAGUGCUGAGAUAUGCCCAGCAGGGAGGCUUCUCUGUGAAAUCCCUGGGAGACCUCAUGGAGCUGGGCUUCUUGUCUCUAACGCUGUCUGACCUCCCAGUCAUUGAUAUCCUGAAGAUUGAGUAUAUCCACCAAGAGACUGCCUCUGUGCUGGGUACAGAGAUUGUGGCCUUUGAAGAGAAGGAGGUGAGAAGUAAGGUUCAGCAUUAUAUGGGCUACUGGAUGGGCCACCGAGAGCCUCAAGGGGUUGAUGUGGAGGAGGCUUGGAAGUGCUGCAGGUGCAACUAUGCGGACAUCUGUGAGUGGAAAAAGAACGGUGGAGUGCUCAGGUCCACACUGGAGCCCCAAGCCAAAAAAUCCAAGUGAAAAGAAGGUGUGUCUUCAGGAAUUUUGAUUCUUCCUGCUCCUAAUGUAUUCAACAGAGUAAAAGAGGACCAAUUUCUGAGCUUGGCUUUCAUGGAGUAUUCUUAUUUUGGCUCUUUUCCUAUUUCCUCAACCUAUAACCACCUCAAAUCCAGGACCAAGGCUCAGGGGUGGGUGGGAAAGAUUUGGGGUUAUGCUGUCCCUGGAGCUUUGCUGUGGAUUGCCAAGAAAAUGGAUGUCCAUCAUGGCUGGAGCAAAGGUAUCCUUUAGCAAACAUUACUUUUCUAAGAAAAUUUUUCUGUUUCUGAUAAGUCCCUUUCCUGUUUUUCCUCAGUCAAGGUUUUCUACAUUUUACAUAAGAAAAUAAAACACUGUCCAGGACAGUUGAACUGAUGACUUUUUUUUUCAUAAUCCCAAUCUCUCAGGGAUGACCACUACAUAUAGCAUGGUUUAUAUUAUUCCAAACUUUUAAAUACAUAAAUACAUAAACAUAUUUAUGAAUCAGAAUUAGUGUAAUGGGCAGACCAAGAAUUUAAAAUAAGCAUGGUAAAUAUUUUCAAAGAGAGGAAGGAAAAUGAAACAGGAACUAGAAGUCAUAAAAAACUGAAAAUAUUAGAUAUGGAAAAUAUAAUAAAUGAAGUAACACGUAAGGUUGAGUAGUCACGUGAUAUACAAUCCAGCAGUACCACUGCUAGGUAGAUACUACGAGAAAUUCUUAUACGUGUAUAAACAGGAAAUAUGAACAAGAAUAUACAUUAUAGCACUUUCACCAUAGAAAAAACCUGGAAACGACCCAGAUGUCCAUCAUCAGAAGAGUGGAUGAUGUGUUACAGCAGCCAAAACAAGUAAGCUACAGUGAUGUGCAAUAAUGUGGAUGGAUCUUAGCAAUACAGUACUGAGUGGAAAAGUAAGCCCCAAAAGAUUACAUACAGCAUGAUCACUUUUUAUAAAGUGAAAAAUCACAAAAAUAAAAACAAUUUAAGGAAAAUAAAAGGUAGAAAGGGAUCUCAAUUCAUAUAUUAGAAGGCAGUGGACCCCUUAGCUACAAAUAUCACUAAAGGGGCCAGAGGAAAGAAUGAGAUGGACACCACCUGGAAGGUAAGGACUUAUUCUUGGAGACACUACUGGAGAAUUUGCUGAAGUAAAUGGAGGGGAGGGAAAUUGGCCCGGGAUAGUUUCUGUAUUCACUGGAAAUUCAAGAGCCAGCAGAACUGUUGUUGAUGUGACUCUGUGCUAUAUAUGAGCUGAUAAAACCAUAGUUUACCUGUGGAGGCCUUCUGAGCUACACAUACUCUUAUGGACAGUGGAAAUCUUGUAAUAACUCUUCCCAUUUACUGAUUAUUAUGUGCCAGGCACUGUGCUAAGCACUUUUUGUGGUUAAAUCUAUAUAGCCAUUAUUAUCACCGAUGAGUGAACUGAGGCUUAGAAGGGUUAUAUAACUUACCCAAAGUCCCACAGUUUGCAAGUAGUAGACUCUAGCCUAGAUAUGUCUGACUUAAGUGUUUAUGUUCUUAACCAUUAUGCUAUGAAAUUUCCUUCUAGCUGUUGUUAAGCUUUCUGGACUGUACGGUAUAUUCUAGGCUCCAGGAAGUUUGGAAUCAAGCUGGACCGACGAUAAACAGAAUUAGCUAACAAUCUUCAAGAAAAGAAUGUGUUCAAGAUUCUGUUGUAUCAUUUUAGUUAUACUAGAAGCUUUAAGAAGAGAAAAAAGGGAAAAUUAACUGGUUUCAGACAGUGGCAUAGUCAGAAUUCAGUAAUUCCCUGAGAUCUUGAACCCAUAUUUUAAACUAACAUCUUCUCUUUCUCACAAGACAAAUGUAGGCAUCUAUGGUUGGGGUAUCUUGUUGCAGAAUAAUAUUUUUACUGAAGAAUCUAAUAAUGAGAAUGCUGACUUCUUUCUAUGUUGCUCUCAUUUUCUAUUUUGAUAGUGAAGAGCCAGUUACUCCUUCUGAGAUAGAAGUAUAUUUAACAAUGUUUACCUAAAAACACUCAAGUACAAUUUCCAAAUAAUAAAAAGUGGAAAGGCCUUACUAUAAUAACUGGGACAGAUGAUUUAUACCCUUGGAGUCCCAUAUUAGAAAAUUAUACUGAAAGAGGAGCUACACAGUGAAAAGAACUGAAUAUUUUUU